AUGGCGGGAAAAGCGCCCAGCUGCUGGUGGAGGGGCUGCCUAGGCGAAACCUCUGCUCUUUUCCCGGCGGGGAUGGACACUCUAGCGGUGGUGGGCGGUUGGCGGCGGCGGGAUCAGCUGUUUGCCUCCCCCGCCCCCGACCCACAGCAGGCGUGUCCCCUGCCGUUCCACGCCACCCCCUCUCCUCCCAAUGGCCGAAAGCGGUGGCUCUGGAGGUCCCUGCCACCGAUCAGCAGCGCAGAUCCACGCCACCACGCCUGCGGUUCGUUAUCUAGCAACGCAUCCUUCUCCCGCCGCCGCACGCCCGUUCCGCCCGCCCCUGCCUGGUUUGCCGACUACCCGGACAUCCCUCCGCCGUUCCCGCCACAUUGGACAUACCUCGGCAUCCGGCAACGCGCGUGGGGGAUAUGGGUGGUGGAGAUCACCGAUCGGGAGACCUACACGAGGAAGUGGGUUGGGUCGUUCCACACGGGGGAGCUCGCGACGAUGUAA